AUGCCCGUGUGGAGCCGCACCUACGUGUGCUGCGCAGUCCCACUGUACAACUCGGGCAUCUACGCCAUCCUCGCCCAGUUCCUCGUCAUCUCCAUCGUCACGGGCGUCCUGUGCUUCGCCGCUCCCUCGAUCAUCUCGGUCACGACGCCAAGCUUCAUCUCGUACAUCCUCGGCAUCCUGUGCUUCGUGAUAGCCGCAGCCCAGCUCUUUGGCUUCAUCGGCGUCCUGCGCGACAAGCCUCGCCUCUUCAAGUCGUUCCUGCGCAUCAACGGCCUCCUCGUGUGCGCCGCGCUCCUCCUCGCGCUCGCCCUCAUCAUCAUCAGCGCCGUCAAGCACUCGGCCGGCGUCGACCAGUGCACCCGCCUCUUCUCGCUCGACGACACGGACAGCACCGCGCGCGACAUCUGCAACGUGUGGACCUGGAUACAGGUCGGCAUCAUGGGCCUCUUGUUCGUCAUCGUCGGCCUGUGCGAGCUCUACUUUGUCGCCUACACGAGCAUCUACGCCUCGGAGCAGCGCCUCGACCACGCCCGCUACGACUCGGUGUACUCGACCGCCGCACACGAGAUCCGCCAGUCGGGCCUGUGGGACGGCUCGGCCGCUCAGCCCGGCCAAGGGCGUCCGUCGUACGCCCCGGGCGACAGCGACGAGCUCAUGACGCCCGGCGGGUACGGCGGGUACGGUCACGCGCGCGAGGGCAGUCGUGCGAGCGGGCUCAGGAACGAGCUCGCGCGCGGCGGCGGCGACGAGGCGUACGACGCGCCGCCGGCGAGGGCGACGGGCGGCAAGCUGCGCAAGGGCGGCGGUGCGGUGCAGGCGACGAGCGUCGUCGGGUACCGGGACGAGGAGGAGUACGCGCCGUACGACUAUGGCGGCGACGAGGGCGGGUUCAGGCCGCCCGGCCAGAGCUCCGAGACGAGGAGGUGGUGA